AUGAAGACUAAUCUACCACGUGACGUGGUUCCCUUUGCUGAUGUUGCUGUGGAAAGUUUUUCACCUGUUACGAAUAGUCCCAAAUCCGACGAGCCUGUCACAACUGUCGAGCCCGCCUUUAAGACGACUCGCGGCCGCUUUCGAACCAACAACAAUUCCCACACCAAUGAUCUCAAGUCUGCCUCUGGGCAUGCCUGGAUCACCGCUGCCUACUUUCUUGCAAACGCUAUCGCAGGCCCAAUAUGGUCAAAGCUGUCCGCCAUCUGGGGCCGCAAAGUCAUUCUGUUUACUGCUGUCGCAUUAUACUUCUGCUUUUCCAUCGUCUGCGCGCUCUCGCAGAGUAUGCAGAUGCUUAUCAUUGGCCGCUCGCUCCAAGGAGCUGCUGGGGGAGCUCUACUUCAGGUUGUCUAUGCAACAAUAUCUGACAUCUUUAGUAUGCGGGUUAGAACAUUCUACUUGAGUCUAUUGCAGAUUAUGUGGGCGAUCGCCGGUGGUAUUGGCCCUGUUGUAGGAGGUUUCUUUGCAGAGUUGUGGAUUGGGCUGAAUUUCGGAGGCGAUCUGGACCCGUGGGGCUCCCCUCUGGUCAUCUGUCUUCUGGUUGCUAGCGUUUUUAUCGCUCCCGUUUUUGUCAUGUGCGAAAAAAAGGCUAGAUCUCCUCUGGUGCCACUGGAUAUAUUUGGGACGGUGUCUAAUGUUAUGGCUUUUGUCAUUGGGUUUGCGCAUGAUUGGGCAGUGUUCUCCACUGAGUUUUACCUCCCACUAUACUUCCAAGCCGUCAAAAACGCAUCGCCACGUGAAUCAGGACUUCGCAUUAUACCAAUCACUUGCACACAAGCAGUUGUUGGGAUGGGUGCGGGUCUCAUUGUCCAUAAAUCAGGUCGAUAUCUGGAACUCAUCUGGAUCGGCGUUGCGCUCCUGGCGCUUGGGAAUGGACUACAUAUCAACCUAAACGUUGCGUCCACAUUGAGCGCCAUAGUUGCAUUUCAGCUCGUAGCUGCUACAGGGGCAGGCCUGCUCUUCCAACCUCCUCUCGUCGCACUCCAAGCGCUCGUACCUCCGCAUAUGACCGCAUCUACAACGAGUGCGCUUGGUCUGAUCGGGAAUCUUUCGACGAGUAUGGCAAUAGUCAUGGGCCACGUCAUUUUUUCCCACGGAAUGGAUGCGCAGAGAAAUAACCUACUUGAUCAUGGAUUGUUCGAGAAUUUGGCAGACAGUUUCUCCGGCUCAUCCGCAGCCGCCAGUGUCGGACUCAUCAGUACAAUACCGGAUCCUGAGCUACAGGUCAUAGUACAAGGAGCAUUUGCAGACUCCCUAAGAGGCGCAGGUAUUGAGCAAGAUUUUUACAGAGCAUCGGACGGGCCUAGAGAACUUGUAAAUAUUGUUGGUGGAUGA